CUUGCCCUUCAAGGCAUGCAGAUGGCCUGGGCUGCUUCCGCAGGGGUGCUGCUGGGCGCUGCUCUGGGCAGGAGGAGCCGGCGCCUGCUGCCCCCCGGGUGCCCCCCGCAGCCCGCGAGGCUCCCCUCCCGGGGGCAGCAGCGCGGAAGCUGCCUCCUUCCUCCUCCAGCAGGUGCUGAUAGUGUGAAGCCACUGGAUGGCGUGAGAAUUCUUGAUCUAACAAGAGUACUUGCGGGACCUUUUGCCACCAUGAAUCUUGGAGACCUUGGAGCUGAAGUUAUUAAAGUGGAAAAGCCAGGAGCAGGAGAUGAUACAAGAUCCUGGGGACCCCCCUUCCUUGGGAUGGAAAGUGUUUACUUUCUCAGUGUAAACAGAAAUAAAAAGAGCAUAGCUGUUAAUAUGAAGAAUCCUAAGGGAGCGAAGAUAAUUAAAGAGCUUGCAGCUGUUUGCGAUGUUUUUGUGGAGAAUUAUGUCCCUGGGAAACUGGCUGAAAUGGGCCUGGGGUAUGAAGACAUUAACAAGAUUGCACCUCACAUUGUUUACUGUUCAAUAACAGGCUAUGGUCAAACUGGUCCGAAGUUUCAACGACCAGGCUAUGACUCUGUCGCAGCUGCAGUUUCAGGCCUCUUGCAUAUCACAGGUCCCCAGGAAGGUGAGCCAGUUAGGCCAGGAGUAGCCAUGACUGAUCUUGCCACAGGAUUGUAUGCAUAUGGUGCAAUUAUGGCUGGACUUCUUCAGCGACAUAAAACAGGGAAGGGAAUGCACAUAGACUGCAAUUUGCUAUCAUCUCAGGUCGCCUGCCUUACCUAUGUAGCAAGCACUUACCUAAAUUGCAAGACAGAAUCCAAACGCUGGGGUACUGCCCAUGCAAGCAUUGUCCCUUACCAGGCUUUCAAAACAAAGGACGGCUACAUUGUGGUGGGAGCAGGAAAUGAUCAACAGUUUGCCACUGUCUGCAAGAUCCUGAAUCUGCCUGAAAUCAGCCAUGAUUCCAGAUACAAAAAUAACCAGCAGCGAGUGCUAAAUAGGAAGGAACUUACUGAAAUUUUAACAGCCAGGUUUUUGGAAAAAGAGACCACCAAAUGGCUAGAACUCUUUGAAGGUAGUGGUGUUCCAUAUGGCCCAAUCAACAGCAUGCAGCAAGUGUUCUCGGAUCCUCAGGUUCUGCACAAUGGACUUGUCAUGGAGAUGGAUCAUCCAACAGUAGGGAAGAUAGCUGUUCCAGGACAAAGCUGCAGGAAUAGAACUACAAUGCUGCAGAACAGAACUGAACACUCCAGGUCCAGCCGUAAGGUACAGCCAGUUUGAAGUGUCUGAGCCCAAGCCUCCUCCUCUCGUUGGUCAGCACACGUUGGAUGUUCUGAAGGAUACUCUGGGGUACAAGGAUGAUGCCCUAGAGGAACUGCUCAGCUCCGGAGCAAUAGUUCAGCACGAACGCAUGUGAAUGGCUUUGGCUUCGGUUGUUGGCGGAGAAGAAACUUCCUGGAAUUCUACCAGGAUCUCUUUAGUUUUCACAACCCAUGAUGGAGAUGUGAUUAAGUUCUUGGUGUAUAAUCUGAAACACACCCAGCAUUCAAGUAUCAACCUGAAAAGUUUUAAAAUAAUCUAUUUUUCCUGCCUUUCAUGCGGGGGCAGCGGCAGGUAGAGGUGCUGGUAUCCUCCCAGUAAUCAAGUUCAAAUGCUGAGGCAUUGCUAAUCACUCCUCAUAUUACUAUUCUUUCAUUCUAAAGAAUGUAAUUUUUACUGCAACUGUAAUAAUCCCCCGUUUUGAGGAAGGUAACUGUGAAAUUCAGCAUUUGGUAUAUGGCUCGAUAGACCAAAAUAAAACCCACCAUGCAAUCCCACUGCCACAUGUUCAGCAGUGCCUCUCUCUGGAAACACAUUGAUGAAUUUCAGAAGAUCCGAGUUCCAUGCCAAAAGCUACUAAUUGCAUGGGUAAAGCUAGUAGAAUCUAGGUCGUAAUUAACAGCACGUGAUACUCGAAAGCAAAACCACUUUCUGUAUACAAAGCAAUAUGGCAUUUCUUUAAGCACGGGGGUGGGGGGAGAUGAUUGGUCAAUCCUGCAGGCAUAUAAUUUAGAUCAAAAGUAGAAUUCUGAACAAGAAGAUUCCAAAACUUUUACUUCUGCUAAAGUAAGGCACUGCCUUCCUUCCCUGAAACUAAAUAAAGUUAACCGAAACUGA